AUUAAACAAACUCUAAGAGCAAUACAUAAAGAACAAGAACGGGAACUAUUCAAUUGUAGCACACAUCACAAAGCCUUUACCUCUUUAAAGUUUAAAUAUCAUAGUCAAGGUCUAAUUAAAUUUAUUAAUCUUAUCUUCCAUCCUUUUAAGUUCUCUCUUUCUCCUUACUCCCAUAGAAAAAUUUAUUAAUUUUCUAGAACUUUAAAAAAAAGCCCCUGAAAAAGAGAUCAAAAAGCAAUUUCAUGAAAGAAAAAACUUAUUUCUUCUGAUCAAUCUCACGUAGAUGGGAGAGCCACUUAAAAAACUUUACCUAAAAGAAUAAAGGAAUUGCUUAGAUGUUAUAGGCUUUGUUGUAGUUUGGUUGGUUCUUGAAGAACAAAAAACUUUACUAAUGGUGGCUGUUUAUAACAAAGAGCUUUUGAGUUGGUAUCUAAUAACACUUAAACUCAGAGAAACACUCAAAAAUUCAGAAACAGAAGAAACACCUGAUCAUCAACACGAACAAAAGCUGCAAAUUCCAUCAGAUUCACUGCAAGUGAUGGUCAAUGCAGAACAAAGCAGAUCACCAGCUAAUCCACAAGAAUCUGAAUGGAUGAUCUCCAUUAAAGAAAAGCUCGAACGAGCAAGUAGCGAUGAUGUUGCUGGUUCAUGGUCUAAAAUCUGUAUUUACAGAAUUCCACAUUUCCUGAGGGAUCAAGGAUUAGGUGAGGAUAAGGCUUAUGUUCCUCAAGUAGUUUCUAUAGGGCCUUACCAUCGAGGGAAGCGACGCCUUCUCUUGAUGGAACGCCACAAAUGGAGGGCCUUACACAUUAUGUUGAAGCGAAUGAGGCAGAGUAUAAAGCUGUAUAUCGAGGCUAUCCAAGAACUCGAAGAGAGGGCUCGAGGUUGUUACGAAGGCCCAUUGAGCCUCACAAGUAACGAGUUUGUUGAAAUGUUGUUGCUUGACGGAUGCUUUAUUCUCGAGUUUUUUAGAGGGUAUACUGAAGGGUUUGAGAUCCUUGGGUAUGAGAGGAAUGAUCCUAUAUUCGCGAUGAGGGGGAUGAUGUAUUCUAUCAGACGGGAUAUGAUGAUGAUCGAGAAUCAGAUUCCGUUAUUUGUCUUGGAGAAUAUUAUUUCCCUACAAUUAGGUGAUCCAAAUCAAAAGAGUGUUGUGGCAGAUUUAGCUAUUAUAUUCUUUGAUCCCUUGUCACCCAUUGAUGAGCCCUUGACUGCAAGGCAGAUGACUAAAUUGAAAUCGUCUUUACACAAAAACUCGGUUCCAUUUCACCCUUUAUCAGACCAGUCUGGCCUGCAUUGCCUUGAUGUGUUUCGGAGGAGUCUACUCAGGAAAGGUCCUGAAGCAGUUCCUAGACAUUGGUUUAGAAAAUGGUCUCGGGGAAACUUAAUGGCUGAUCAACGAAGGACUCAGCUCAUACAUUGUGUCACAGACCUUAAAGAGUCCGGUAUCAAGUUUAAAAAGAGGAAGACGGACCGUUUUUGGGACAUUAAGUUCAAAAACGGAGUACUUCAUAUUCCUCGGUUAUUAGUCCAUGAUGGGACUAAAUCAUUGUUCCUUAAUCUCGUGGCAUUUGAGCAAAGCCAUCUUAAUUGCACGAACGACAUUACAGCUUACGUAGUCUUCAUGGAUAACUUGAUCGACUCAGCACAGGAUGUGAAUUACCUUCACUAUUGUGGGAUAAUUGAGCAUUGGCUCGGAAAUGAUGCUGAAGUAGCAGACAUGUUUAACCAUCUCUGCCAGGAAGUCGUGUUCGAUAUUAAUGAUAGUUAUCUAUCUAAGGUGUCUGAAGAAGUAAACAGGUAUUAUAAUCACAGGUGGAAUGCUUGGCGCGCUAGCUUGAAGCAUAGGUAUUUUUACAAUCCUUGGGCUGUGAUCUCCUUUCUGGCUGCUGUUUUCUUAUUGCUGCUUACUGCUGGACAGACUUUCUACUCUGUAUUUAGUUACUAUAAGCCCCCACAUUGAGCCAAAGUAACGCAUGUUCUUCAUAUUAUUCUUGUAUUUUUGGUAGCAUUUUAUAUGUGGAUUGUUUAUCUGAGUUUUUGUUCACAAAAAAUAAAGUGCACAUUCAUUCAACACAAUGAAGGAUUGUAAAGAACACCAACAUCAUGUGCUAAGUAUACUUGAGAAAGUAGUUAAAUUUGGGAAAAGAAAUGACGUUGCAAAAGGUUUAGGCAUUGAUUUCACUUAUGCACUUCUGUUAAGUUCAUGGGCUUUUUUUCUAUGGUAUCCCAGUACACUUAUCAGGCACAAUCAACUAAUGGAGGCAAAGCGUUUACUACCAUUCUCAAUGUCAUCUUUAGCGGAUUGCUGUAAGUCUUUCUUCAUCAGGGUGAUGGAGUAAAAUAUUUAUUAUCGGGGUGUUUGUCAAUUGGUUGUUAGUUGUUGGUCGAUUCAGUUAGCUUGCUUGAAUCUUGAUAAAAAUGUCAUACGAUAAUUCAUUGAUAAAUUAUAUUUCUUACAUAGAGCAA